AUUUAUUACUUGAGGCACCGAGGGAACCGAAAAGUAAAAAGGCGAAAUCCACCGGCAGUGUACAGUUUACUCACAAUUUUAAAAGCGCGGAAUUAACGUUGAGCUUGGCCUUCUUCUAAGUUCUAUCCAUCAAAGCCAGGCAAGGAAGAAGUAGACGAAGGAAAAGGAAGUUCCGGAAUUUUCAGCAGCAACUGAAAACUUAAGAAACAAAAUGCCGUUCUGGCAGACGGCGGGAAAUGCAACCACUUCAUCCUCGUCUUCUUCUUCCUCUAACACGAACUCGUCUUCCACAUCUUCCAGCUCCUUGAACAGCACCGCCCACCACAACAGAGCCGGCGGCGAUCCGAAUCAGCAAAACUACGGCGAGCCUCCUGGAGGAGAGAGAUCGCCAACCACAGUCUCUGCUGCUACUGCCGUUUCGCUUGUCGCCAAGUCGUUAUUGCCUACCCGAAGGAGGCUCAAGCUUGAUCCUGCCUCCAAGCUCUACUUCCCUUAUGAACCAGGGAAGCAGGUAAAGAGUGCAAUUGGCAUUAAAAACAUUUGCAAGUCCCAUAUUGCUUUCAAGUUCCAAACAACUGCACCUAAGAGCUGUUACAUGCGUCCUCCAGGAGCGAUACUUGCCCCUGGUGAGAGCCUGUUUGCAACUGUGUUCAAGUUUGUGGAGCCACCAGAGAACAUUAUUGAGAGGCAACUGGAUUUAAAAAGCAGGGUCAAGUUCAAGAUCAUGAGCUUGAAGGUUAAAGGAGAGAUGGAAUAUGUACCAGAGUUGUUUGAUGACAUGAAAGAUCAAGCAGCAGUGGAGCAAAUUUUGCGGGUUGUUUUUCUUGACCCCGAAAGCCCAAACCCUGCACUGCAAAAGCUCAAUAGACAACUUGCUGAAGCGGAAGCUGAACUCGAGAACCGGAAGAAGCCUCCCGAGGAACCAGCCCCUCGUCCUACUGGUGAAGGGCUCGUCAUAGAUGAAUGGAAAGAGAGGAGGGAGAGGUACCUAGCCCAGCAACAGGUUGAAGUUGGUCCGGUGUAGAAGUAAACUGUUUUUAUCAUUUAUUUGUUGUUGUUAGCUUUGUUGUGCUGAAGUUAUCAAUUACUGUGUGGUCACAUUGAGGGAAUCAAAGAGAGAGAGAGAGAGAGAGAGAGAGAGAGAGAGAGUCAUCUUGACAGAAGCGAGGUGUAAAGUAGCAUUAAGAAGGUGUUAUCGCAUUGCUGUUGCUUAAUGAUGAGGGAACAGGAUCUGAUUUUGAUCAGUUCAAUGUUGGUCAAUUAUUAGUACAUAUUCAUAAAUCAUAAUGGUGAAU